AGCAAGUCCCAGCCAAAGAACAGUUAUUUCCAGCUGUCCUGUAUAAACCACAAUUAGAGUGCCUUGGUCGAUGAAUGUUAAACAAGACAGUAUGCUUCUGAGUGUCUGCACACUAAAAUGUACCACAUUUUCUUGGUGUUGUUCUACGCUCAGGCACACAUGUCUGGGAGGACCGCCAAAGGUUGAAAAUAAGCCCAUGUUAUUGGACUCGUUUAUCCCUGCGAGUAUGCAGAUCAUUGCACACGUUACCGAACUUAUGAAAUUUGAUCUCAAACCUACAAGUGGUUCCUCCACCACUACCACAACGACAAUGCGACCUACAAGACCUCACAAGCCCGGAAUUUACGCUCCGGAAGCGCCACUAGGUCCGGAAGCGUACUUUGCCAAAGGGUUCUCCUAUGAGGAGUAUGUGGAAAGGCUCAAGUACCCCACCGGGUACAACUACUUUGACAGAUACAAGUUUCCAGUGGAGGAAGAAGGAAGAAGUCUUGGCGACGACGUACCUCAAGAAAUCGAUCUAGUUGUAGGUAAAAGAUUAGGUGAUUUAUUAAGACUGGCUAACACUAUUGAAGACGUAACCGAAGUUGAAGAUCGUGAUCGACAAGUACAAGAUUUUACGAACUUGUACGACGAUUCAGAUUUUAGAGUUUUACUUCUGAGACAAAAGAAAAAACCACCAACUAGAGCCUAUGUCUCGCUUUUAUCACUUUAUGACCUUUUGAACAAAGAGUCCAAAAAACUAGGUCUAAACAAAUACAGCGGUUACUCUCAGAAAAUCUUGACUGAGCUUGCGGAAAUCUCCACAGGAACAUCCUCUGAUCAACUUCGUGCCGUCCUUUCAAAGGUGGUUCAAAGAAGAGACACAACUAAUCCUUCAAUUGUUAAACGAAUCAAUGAUCUCAUCAAAGACUUGGAAGAAAGUAGCAGUUACAUAAACGCUGCGCUGCGAUAUAUCCCUCCUUUACCCUUUGUUUUAUAAAAAAAUUGUAUAGAAUGAAAUGAUCGAACAUUGGCUAAAUUAAUUGUAAAAAAAUGUACAUUGUAAAAUUACUGUAAAAAAAUAAAUUAUCUUGCCGAAAUGUGAUGGCUGUUUUGACUGCCUGGCUGGUACAAUUUUGUGAAUAUGUAUCAUAAUAGCGCGGAAAAUGGAAAUUAAUAAAAGCAAUAUCAAUGUUU